GCUGGUGUGAGCUCCACUGGAAGUUGACCUGUUAGCUGACCUUACUGACCUCAGUGGGUUAUUUAUUUUCUUUCUUUCGGGCUUACAGGACUUCGUUUAUUUGGGCCACCUGUUGCACCCUGUGGACGCUUCCCUUCCCGCAGCACAGAGGACAUGCGUCGCCUGCCAGUGGCUUCACUCUUCAUUUACUUCUGUUUGUUGGAGAGAAGCCACUGCAACGGCAGCCUUCAGGACAGUAUGGAGGAUCUGCACGCCAGGUUCGCCAUCAGCCUCUACCAGACGCUCAUCGAGACAGAGAACAACUCCAACCUGAUCAUGUCCCCUGUGAGCGUCUCCAUGUCUCUGGGGCUGCUGCAGCUCGGUGCCAGAGGCAACACUUUGACCCAGCUGGAAGAAGGACUCGGAUACAACGCCAACGAUGUCCAGGUACAAAACUUCCUGUUGCAUUCACAAAGUGAGAUGAGCAACACCAGCCAGGGGAUGUGGCUGCGGCAGACCUGCACAUUAUUCAUACAGAGCGGCGUCCAGCUCCUAUCUGAGUUCUCACAACAUGCAGCAGCCUGGGCCAACAGCACCGUGGUCCGAGCCAACUUCAGCCAACCCAACCACACUCUCAGCCAGCUGGAGCGAGCAGGAAACCACCACGAUGAGACGUGGCAUGUCCAGGCAGGAAGCAGCAGCGGGGAGCUGUCGGGCUCGGGCGAGGCGCAAGCAGAGGCCCUGUGGUGGGGCCGUCGGCUGCAGAUGGCCCUGGUAAAUACGGUGGCUUUUAAGGGCAUCUGGCAGAAACAGUUCCUGUACACCAACACCCAGAACCUGCCCUUCAUCCUCUCAGAUGGGACAGCCAUCAAGGUGCCCAUGAUGUAUCAGGCCACAGAGGUCGGCUUUGGUCAGUUCAGGACAGCAUCAGAUCAGCGUUACACCGUGUUGGAGCUGCCGUACCUGGGCCGUUCCCUGAGCCUGCAGGUGGUCCUGCCCAGCGAGAGGAAGACAUCACUGUCCAGCCUGGAGUCUCAGCUCACUGCUCGUCAGUUGGCCUCCUGGGACACCGGAUUACGUAGAACCAAGAUGGAUAUUUUCCUACCCAGGUUCAGGAUGCAGAACAAGUUCAACCUCAGGUCAGUGCUUCCCGCCAUGGGCAUCAGUGACGCCUUUAAUCCGACAGCAGCUGAUUUCACUGGAAUAUCAGUGGAGGACAGUCUUUAUGUAUCUGAUGCCUUCCAUGAAGUGAGAAUAGAAGUCACAGAAGAUGGGACCAAAGCAGCUGCUGCUACAGCUAUGGUGCUACUCAAACGAUCCCGUGCUCCUGUUUUCAAGGCAGAUCGACCUUUCUUAUUCCUUCUACGACAGAUUAACACAGGAUCCAUCUUGUUCAUGGGCCGAGUGAUGAACCCAGCAGACCAAACACCCUAAGACUCAAACACCUCUUAUACACACACACACACACACGCACCCACACACACUCCUACCCCAACCCCUAUUUCUCUACUGGUAUUUAUUUGUGGACCAACAGGAGGGUCCACGGACACUUCAGGAAGAGGGACAAUAUUUUUGUACAUGUCUGUAAAUAAAAUUUUAAUACAUGUUUUUACACUCAGGGUGUUUUGCUCCUUUUUUCAUUAUUGCAAAUUUUGUACU